AUGAAGAAACGGGGGAGCUCAGACUCAGGGGCGUCUGAGGACCUGCCGCAAGAGGACUCCCUCCCAGACCCCCUGGAUGGCGACCCUCACUCCAGGCCAGCUCCAGCCAAGCCCAACAUCCCCAAGGCCAAGAGCCGCAGCCGGCUCUUUGGGAAGGGUGACUCUGAGGAGGCUUCUCCUCUGGACUGCUCUUACAAGGAAGGUCAGCCAGCCUCCUGCCCGGCCAUCACAGUCAGUCCUGUUCUCAUGGUCCAGAAGACUGAGGAUGGCCCCACCUGCACCUGGCAGCUAUGCCAGGACUCGGUCCCUGCUGGCACCAAGAAAAGUCUCAAGCUCUAUGACCGCAGGAAGAUCUUUGAAGCUGUCGCUCAGAAUAACUGUGAGGAGCUAGAGAGCCUGCUGCUCUUCCUGCAGAAGAGCAAGAAGCACCUUAUGGACAGCGAGUUCAAAGACCCAGAGACAGGGAAGACCUGUUUGCUGAAAGCCAUGCUCAACCUGCACAAUGGGCAGAACAACACCAUCCCCCUGCUCCUGGAGAUUGCCCGGCAGACCGACAGCCUGAAGGAGCUUGUUAAUGCCAGCUACACAGACAGCUACUAUAAGGGCCAGACAGCGCUGCACAUUGCCAUCGAGAGGCGGAACAUGGCACUGGUGACCCUCCUGGUGGAGAAUGGGGCAGACGUCCAGGCUGCGGCCAAUGGGGACUUCUUUAAGAAAACCAAAGGGCGGCCCGGCUUCUACUUUGGUGAGCUGCCCCUCUCCCUGGCCGCGUGUACCAACCAGCUGGGCAUCGUGAAGUUCCUGCUGCAGAACUCCUGGCAGCCGGCAGAUAUCAGUGCCAGGGACUCUGUAGGCAACACAGUGCUGCACGCACUGGUGGAAGUGGCAGACAACACAGCCGACAAUACCAAGUUUGUGACGAGCAUGUACAAUGAGAUUCUGAUCCUGGGAGCCAAGCUGCACCCUACGCUGAAGCUGGAGGAGCUCAUCAACAAGAAGGGGCUGACUCCACUGGCCCUGGCCGCCAGCAGUGGGAAGAUUGGGGUCUUGGCCUAUAUUCUGCAGAGGGAGAUCCAUGAGCCCGAGUGUAGGCACCUGUCGAGGAAGUUCACCGAGUGGGCCUACGGGCCCGUGCACUCCUCGCUCUAUGACCUGUCCUGCAUUGACACCUGUGAGAAGAACUCGGUGCUGGAGGUCAUUGCCUACAGCAGCAAUGAGACCCCGAAUCGCCAUGACAUGCUCUUGGUGGAGCCGCUGAACCGCCUCCUGCAGGACAAGUGGGACAGAUUCGUCAAACGCAUCUUCUACUUCAAUUUCUUCGUCUACUGCUUGUAUAUGAUCAUCUUCACCACGGUCGCCUACUACAGGCCUGUGGAAGGCUUGCCUCCCUAUAAGGUGAAACACACUGUUGGCGACUAUUUCCGAGUCAUUGGAGAGAUUCUUUCUGUAUUAGGGGGAAUCUACUUUUUUUUCCGAGGGAUUCAGUAUUUCCUGCAGAGGCGGCCAUCACUGAAAUCCUUGUUUGUGGACAGCUACAGUGAGAUACUUUUCUUUGUGCAGUCACUGUUCAUGCUGGGGACUGUGGUGCUGUACUUCUGCCAAUGCAAGGAGUACGUGGCCUCCAUGGUGUUCUCCUUGGCCAUGGGCUGGACCAACAUGCUCUACUAUACCCGCGGCUUCCAGCAGAUGGGCAUCUAUGCCGUCAUGAUCGAGAAGAUGAUCCUGAGAGACCUAUGUCGCUUCAUGUUUGUCUACCUUGUUUUCUUGUUCGGGUUUUCCACAGCGGUGGUAACACUGAUUGAGGAUGGAAAGAAUGACUCUGUGUCAACUGAAACCACACCACACAGGUGGCGGGGGCCUUGUUACCGGUCACCUGACAGCUCCUACAACAGCCUGUACUCCACAUGUCUGGAGCUGUUCAAGUUCACCAUUGGUAUGGGUGACUUAGAGUUCACUGAGAACUAUGACUUCAAGGCUGUCUUCAUCAUCCUGUUGCUGGCCUACGUGAUUCUCACCUACAUCCUCUUGCUCAACAUGCUCAUCGCCCUAAUGGGUGAGACUGUCAACAAGAUUGCACAGGAGAGCAAGAACAUAUGGAAGCUGCAGAGAGCUAUCACCAUCCUGGACACAGAGAAAAGCUUCCUGAAGUGUAUGAGGAAGGCCUUCCGCUCAGGCAAGCUGUUGCAGGUGGGGUAUACACCCGAUGGCAAGGAUGACUACAGGUGGUGUUUCAGGGUGGAUGAGGUGAACUGGACCACCUGGAACACCAACGUGGGCAUCAUCAAUGAAGACCCAGGCAAUUGUGAAGGCAUCAAGCGAACUCUGAGUUUCUCUCUGCGGUCAAGCAGAGUUGCAGGGAGAAACUGGAAGAACUUUGCCCUGGUUCCCCUUUUAAGAGAUGCAAGCACUCGAGAAAGGCAACCUGCUCAGCCUGAGGAGGUUCGUCUGAAGCACUUCUCAGGGUCCCUCAAGCCAGAAGACGCUGAGGUCUUCAAGGAUCCUGCUGCUUUAGGGGAAAAGUGAGGGACCCCCACGGGGUGCUUUCAACACUGUGGGCCUUAGGCUAGCACACUGGCUGGGGUCUGUGUGGGGAACACCUGUGCUGUCCCAGAAGCCUGGCCCGGCCUGCACCUGCCCAGACACAUGGGGAGGAGUGGUGCUGGGGGCAUGGGAAGUGAUAGUCAUCCAACCUCACUGUCCCCAAGUGCAUCUCCUAACAGGAAAGGAUCUUGCUUUUGAGGUUUUACUGACUUUAUUAAACAUCAAGAAUGAUAAAUCUCUUGGACAUAUAUGAUGCCCCUGUUUUAUCUUAUCUUAUCUUCAUCUUAUCUUAUUUUAUAUUGCUGGGAGGAAAAGUGAAUGAAGCCCAGGAAAACACCUUUUAGAACAAAGCGCUUGAGAGGCCACUCUGUAUUGUGCUUACUCUCUCCCCUGUCCUGAGUGGUCUGGGG